AUGAAUUAAUUAUAAUUUUCUUAAGCAUAAUCACCAAGAGAGAGUAAUUUUGAUUUUGAAGAACAACCUUAACUUUAAGAAUAAAGAAUCACUGAGAAUAAAUUAUCCUCAUCAAUAUUUAACAAUGUAAUUUAUAUUAUAUAGACUUUAGAUGAAAAUUUUGGCAGCAGUUUAUUAAAUAUUGUUAAUACUAUUUAAUUCUUAUGUAGUGUUUGAUUCAAGUUCUAAGCUAUCCCUAUUAUAUAUUACUAUUUUACAUUUUCUCUAAGUAGUACGAUUAGCAAUUCAUAAUUAUAAGUAUUAUAGUUUAUUUAUAUAAGUAAUAUCUUGAAUGAUCAUAAUUGUUGUCUUGAAAUAUUUUGGGGAAUCUUAUCCAUAUCUUAUUAUGUAAUUUGAUAUUUAUACUUCCUUAGAGCUGUUUUUUAUUCUUCUUAGAAAACUCAAAUUUUCCCAUCCAAUAUCCUAUGAUAAUUUACUUUGUUUUUACUUUGUCCUGGUUUAUUUUUAUAGCACAGGCUUAUCGUUAAAAUAAAAAUGAAAAAAAUAUUGCUUCACUUGUAAAUUUACAGUUGUAUUGUAGUUUACGGUUUUUUUUAAAUUACUUAUUAUAGGCCAAUUAAUGCUAAUAAAUUUUAGAUAAAUUAAUUGGCUUAAAUGGGAUUGGAUAUAUGUGUUUGUUAUUUUUUGGGCUUUUCUAACAUUUGCAAUAAUUCUCUAAAUAAUCUUUAUAUUUGAUUUCAUUGUGAAAUUGAUUUCCAUUUUAUAAGAAAAUGAUCUAUUGAACAAAUAAACAUUAACUUAUUAAAGUAGCUAAGUUCAAUAUUUUAGUAGUUAUUGGUUCACUUUGGAUGAAUCUUUUUAUUCUUUCUUUUUCUGGUCUUUUAACAUUUACUAUCGUGAGUUAUUCUAUUUUUUUAAGUACAGGAAGAAAUCCUUUUAAUUCAAUGCCUAUUACAUUAUGUAUUUUUUACAGUUUAUUAUUUACAAUAUACACUUGCUAUUUUAGAAGAACCUUAAAGUAUUUUAAAAUUUUAAAAUUAGUAAAUUUUUAAUUUCCUUUUAAACUAAGACAGAAGAAGAUAAUUAAAAUGAAAUUAUAGUUAGUGAAUAAAGAUUUUAAUUUAGUUCUCCAAGUUCUAAAAGGAGAAAUCGUUUUAUCAAAGAUAAAAAUGAGAUUUUUAUAAAAUUACCUUAGUUUUUAGUAUAAUAAUCUAUUAUCUAAGAUAAAAUUGUCACAAACUUAUUUUCAACCAUAUGAACUUGGAGAAUAUUAAUAAUCUUAAAAAUAAAUACCAUAAUUAAAUUAGAUUAAAUAAGUAAAGAGAAAUAAGACGGAUAUAGAUUAACCUAAAUUGAGCAAUCAAAAUUCCUUAACUGAAUAUAAAGCUGAAAAAGAUUAAAAUUGUUUUAAUUGUUGUUAAAAUGAUAGUUGUGCUGUUUAUAUGCCAUGUGGUCAUGGGGGAUUAUGUAUAAAAUGUGCAACUGAAUGGUUUACAGAGAAAUAAGAAUGUUUAAUUUGUAGAAAAGUAUUUAUACAUAAAAUUAUUAGCCAGUUGAAUCAGUUGUUAAAGUUAUUGAAUCAAAUUCUAACACUGUAUAAAUUGUUGAUGUAGUAGCAUUUUGA